CGCGAUCGCGACGGACGUCGCGUCGUCGCGGGCUCCUGAAACGCAGUUACCGCGAACCGCUGCUCGGCGAAAAAAGUGCGUGCGCGCGUGCCGCUCCGCGAUUGAAGAUGCUAGUCGGGCCGUGCGCCGCCGUCGGCCCGGGAGUCAUCGUCGUCGCGUUGCUCCGAUGAGAGGACGUGAGACAGAUUGGAAGCGCAGUUGUCCGCGGAUGCAGCAGUCAACAUGGACUCCCACGUCGGUCUCGACUACAUCGUAGAUAAUCCUGAUUAUUGCGUCAAGCUCGCCUCAGCACUGGACACGGCAUGCCCGUCCGUGAAGAAGCAAGUCGUGGAGUUGCUGUCGGCGCUCUGCGUCUACAGUCAGGAUGGCAGGCAGAGGGCCAUCGAUACUCUUCACACCUACCAGGAACGGAAGGGCGAGCGUUAUCGAUUGCGAGUCGUGGUCGACGAGCUGCAGAAAGCGACAGCCGAGGAUUACCAGACCGCGCUGCUGGCGUUCAUAAAUUGUUUGGUCAUCUCGACGCCGGUGCUCAAGGAUCGCAUACGUAUUCGCAACGAGUUCAUCGGACUCAAGCUCCUGCCGAUCCUGAACGAGCUGCGGAAGAGCCACGCGCCGGACGUGCGGGUGCAGCUGGACGUCUUCGACGAUCAACGGGAGACCGACGAGGAGCUCACUAAUCACGGCCCGCCCGGGAUCGACCUCUCGUCUCACGUGGACGUCUUCUACGCCAUCCUCGGUCAGGUCGCAGAUACUCCACAGGAGAUACCAUUCCUGAGUGUCCUGCAGCAUCUGCUGCGGCUCGACCCAAAAGACGCCGCCAGUGAUCUGGCAUGGGACACCGCGGAGACUCUGGUGCAUCGCGCCACAUUGCUGGAGAGCCGCGAGGACGCAACCAAGCUGCUGAGGUCGCCUAGUCUUCAGGCGAACCUAUGCUGUCAUUGUCGCGGCACCGACCAGACGUGCGGACCGUCGCGGAAAGCUUCGUUGCCAGCGAAUAACCCGACACCACCUUUGCCGCCGCCGCCUCCACCUCCGGUCCCGGUGGCACCGACCCCGCCGGCGCCGCCGAGCGGCGGCUUUGUCUUGCCGCCACCGCCUCCGCCGCCGCUCUUCGCCAGCGUCACCACCGCUGAUGCUGCAAUGGAGCCUCCGAUGCCGCCACCUCUGCGUGUGCCCCCUGUCGCACGCGCACCUACCUCCGAGCCUCCCAGCAAUCACGCCAGGCUGCUGCCGCAGCAGGAGAUUCCCACCCCCAAGACGAAGAUGAAGACCAUCAACUGGAACAAGAUACCGAAUCACAAGGUGAUCGGCAAACGGAACAUCUGGUCCUUGGUGGCGAACGAGCAUCAGAAUUCUCCGAUGGCAGACUUGGACUGGGCCGAGAUGGAGGGCCUGUUCUGCCAGCAAGCACCGCCGAUGAUACCACCGGCGACCUACGCCUCCUCGUACGGCAUCGGCGUCGACGCGGAGCGGCGUCGUCGAGAACCAACGGAGAUUGCGUUACUCGAUGGGAAAAGAAGCUUGAACGUGAACAUCUUCCUAAAGCAAUUUCGAAGUUCAAACGAGGAUAUAAUCCAAUUGAUCAAAGACGGCGGCCACGACGACAUCGGUGCGGAGAAGCUACGCGGUCUCCUGAAGAUCCUGCCGGAAGUGGACGAGCUCGAGAUGCUGAAGAGCUUCGACGGUGACAAGUCGAAGCUCGGUAACGCCGAGAAGUUCUUCCUGCAGCUCAUUCAAGUACCAAAUUACAAGCUGCGCAUCGAGUGCAUGUUGCUGAAGGAGGAAUUCGCCGCGAACAUGAGUUAUCUGGAGCCGAGCAUCAACUCGAUGAUUCUCGCCGGCGAAGACCUCAUGACGAACAAACCUUUGCAGGAAGUGUUGUACAUGGUUUUGGUCGCCGGAAACUUUCUCAAUUCUGGCGGUUACGCUGGUAAUGCAGCGGGCGUGAAGCUUUCCUCAUUACAGAAGCUCACUGAGAUUCGCGCGAACAAGCCAGGGAUGAACUUGAUACAUUACGUGGCAUUGCAAGCCGAGAGAAAGCGCAAGGACUUGUUAAAUUUUGCGAAGAAUAUGACUGCCUUAGAAGCGGCGACAAAAACGACGAUCGAACAAUUAACCAACGAAUUCAAUAGUUUGGAUACGAAGAUCAAGAAAAUCAAGGGUCAGAUUCAGCUCUCUUCGACUGAAAGCGAUAUCCAGGAACAGAUGGCACAGUUUCUUCAGAUGGCCGAACAAGAAAUGGCACAGUUGAAGAGAGACAUGGAAGAACUCGAGGGAGUGAGACGAUCGCUCGCGGAAUUCUUCUGCGAAGACACGAACGCGUUCAAGAUCGAGGAGUGCUUCAAGGUAUUUCAUCAAUUCUGUCAGAAGUUCAACCAAGCUGUUGCAGAGAAUGAGAGACGGCGUAUUCAAGAGGAGCAAGUUCUGGCACGUCGCAAGCAACGGGAGGAGCAAUUGCUGGCGAGAAAACGACUGCUAAACAAUCAAGCGGAGACACCGGGCUCGGAAUCGGAAUGCAACUUGAUGGACUAUGGACUUUUCGAUCUCCAUACCGGUUUACCUCAGAGAGCUUACAGCCGUGGCGAGGCCAAGAUGAAGAGAUUGCAGAAUGGCGGCGUCACGUCGGACGAGGACGUCUCCGUCACAGGAUCGCCGAGCAUCCGACGUCGUUUAGGAUCCUGCUCCGGCGGUCCCGACCAACAAUCUACCAAAGAAGAUACAUACUCGCCAGAUAUCACGCCUAACGGCACACUUCGCCGACGCAGGAGCAGAAUACCCUGCGAGGAUGACGACGGAAAUUUGAUGGACUUUUUGCGCACCUCCGGCCAGGAUAACACUCGGGAAAGGAAGUCGUGGGGAAGUUUAGAUCGAUCGUGGGCCCGAAGAGCUCGCGGACAGUCACGAAGGGGAGAUCUUCUGAACGCCGAUUUUUCAGGCGACCGGGAACGACCGAGCUCGCCGUCUCCUCUCGCGGAGAGCAAGCCGUUCCUACAAGAGGAGGAAGCUAAGCCGACUGGGAAAGCAUGGCGGCAAAAGAUCGAGGCGUGGCUAUCGGAGAACGAGAAGGAGGAUCGCGCGGGCGAGCAGCUUCAGAGAAAAGCAAAGCAGCUGCACCAGGCGAACCGUCGGUCCUUCGAAGACUCAGAAAGCGAAGGCAAGAGCUGCACGACAAAUGCUUUGGCGGAAGAUCAAUCCAUGCACGGAGGAUUCUCCGAAGUUUACGACUGGCGGCCGUCAGUCGAGAAGACCGACGUGAUGCGCACGAUGGAGGCCAUUGAAGAAGCCCAACCGCUCUCGUCCCAGGACAAGUCGCCCUGGCGAAAGUCGAGCUUAAACGUACCAAAUAGUAUGGAAGAGACUGAUCCACGUUAUUCCCGUAGACUUAGGUCCAGGCUCAGCACAGAGAACACUCUCGUCCCAAGCACACUGCAGGCUAUCAGAGAGGAGGACAGAAAAAAGAACAAAAUUACCGACACAAUCAAUUCGGACACGCAGGACGAGCUGACGAUCUACCUCCGGCAACCUUACACUGGGUCGCAAGCACCAGCGACGCGGCGCUUCUCGAAGCUCAGCAAGAAGGCCACCGAAGAGGAGAGAAUCAGCGACAAGAUUGAAAUCGAUUCGGACAACAUCGAGACACCGCCGGCGACCAGACGGCUGUUCAGUCCGCCGAAGGAGGUGAAGCCCGUGGAGAAGGAGCCCUGCAAGAGGGAACGUUGCAACAGUUCCCUCCAGAUUCGAGAAACGAAGACUGCCAUUUUAAAACCCGUCAGUUCCACCACGGAUCUCGGAACCGGCAACUUUGACAGAUAUUCAGCGACGCGGCGAACCCGCAGAUACAAGAAGACCCAGGAUUCCGGUGACAAAGACAAGUCGGACGCGUCUAGUCCCGAGCUGGUCUACGACGAGAAGCCGGCGCAGCGACCCAACACUCUGGCUCUGAGUGAUGUCGAAGUGAACAAAGCGAAUAAGGAGGAGGAGGAAGAAGAAGAGGAGGAAGACGUUAUGCUGCGCGUCUGGCAAGAUAAGCUGAAGCGACGCGGCGACGUGUCGUCGACGUCGUGCGACAUCGACGCCGCGCUGGCGGAGAUCGCGCGCUCCGGCGAGGACCUUCAGCGUCUGUCGCGCUCGGCCGCCGGCCACAGAAGCUCGCGGCUGCCGGUUAGCCAGCCGCCGCCACCGGUGGUGGCGGUGACGAACACCGUCCUGAGCCCAGUCAUGCAAGAAUCGCGACCCCGCGAACCGGUCGCGGUGCUCGCUGAGCGAGCGGUGACGAGUCGCGAGCGUCAUCGCAGCAUGAUCGACCCGAGUCAGGUAAAGGAGGCGGUUCGCCUAACCAACAGCCCUCCAGUCGUCCAGGUAAACCAGCAGCCGGAUUCCAGGACUUUCCAAAGAAACGGAAACUCUCCGCAGGAUCAGCCGCGACCGCGGGAUAACGCUCCGGUUGGAGUUGCGGAUGAGGAGGGGCACACGAAUCUGUCAAGCAACUUGAAGAGCAGCCACCUCGAGCCUGAGAAGAAUAUAGUCGUUCUCCAAGCGGACAAGGACGAUUCUCGCGAUCGGGUGCUCAUGACGCGACAAAACUCCGUAUUCCGCGGCUCCAGGUAUAUCCCAGACAUAAGCGUCACGUCCUCACCACCGUCAUGCGGUAAGGGCAAGGAGCAGGAGUUGAACGACGAAGGCUUCGAGGAGACUCAGAGCCUCGUGUCGGAGACUCUGAGCCAGGAGACGUCCUCUGGCAACUAUGAGACCGACACGCACGACUCGACGCGGUGCUCACCGGCUGAACUAGGUUACAGCGGUGAAAAACGUCGCCGUCGCGAUGACGACGACGUCCUGGAUGGCCGGCGACGCUCGUCCGUCGACAAGCUGCUGAAACCGCGAGCGGACAAGGUAUACGACAAGAGGGAGAGCGCGUCGCGCAGCAGGAACGUCCCGGAGAAGUCCAGCUUCCUGCCGAAACGCACGACGACCGGUACGAAGCGCGAGACCACGUUGAGGAAGACCGAGUCCCUGAAAAGGACCGUGAACACCGUCCCGAGCAAGCCGGCGUCCCGGAACGAGGUGGAGCGUUCGGGCUCUCGCAGUAGCCUGCGCAGCUCGCGGAGCUCCCUGAACAGCGCAACGUCCGUGAACACUGUGCGCAAUUUGGCACCCAGUCAACACGCACACUUACGCAAUUACACCUCAGCCAUCUGCGCGCUCACCAACGACCUGAGGAAGAGCCCGUCGAACAGUCCGUUGCCGCCGAAGGACGCUGACAAGAGGCGACCGGGUCAGCCGCGAACCGGAGUCAGCAGGAUACCCGCCAGCAGGAGCAGCAGCAGCGGUAGUAGUGUCGGCCCGGCGGCGAGAAGCAUGCGGAAGACACCAACGGUGCUGCCCGAGAUGUCAAAAGUCACGAAGGGUCGGCCGAUCUCAUCGCGCAGCAGCAGCAGCGGCAGCAGCGUCGGUCAACAACCCAUUGUGAGCGGUCGAUCCGCUGGCGAUAAGGCAUCCGCCACGAAGAGCAGGCUGGUGCAACCGCGAGCUGGCACCAAGAGUCACAGUUUUAUGCGGCCUACGGCUGCCAGCGUCAACAAGGGUUCCAUACCGAACCUGCCCAAGAGCAUCAAAGCUAUGGUCAAGUGAUAAUCUCUUCUCGAUCAGAGCAGAAGAAGCAUUAUUUCGUUGUCCAUCGCAACGCCGUCGAGGAUCCCGAGUAGAUUCGGUUUAACAAUCACGUGCAACAGAUAACGAGUGUCGCCACGUUCGCGCAGAAUCGAGGGGUCUCUCGACGGGCGCAGCCGAUUUCAAAAUCAUAAAAGUUGUCACGUUGUCGCGAGGGUGACGUAGCCCGCGGAAUUAGGUGACAAAUUACCAAUAUCUUCGCUUAGUACGCCGUCUCUCGCAUCGUCGAGAGACAAAAUAAGUAGAGACUAUACUCCUCCUCUGAUACGCGCACUAUCGUCACAUAUAUGCACACACGCAUACACACACCCCGAGCACACGCGCACCAAACAAUGCAAGUUCUCAGACCAAGAGAAAGUAAUAAUCAAAUAAUCAAGUCUAUUCGCAGCUUUACGCGACACCCACGUUGUGACCAAGGAAACCUGAAGGAGCGCCCCCGAUCUUUACAUUUCGCGCCAACCAAAUUCCGGGGGUCGGCCUCCUUUCAGUACCCUAGAGUAUAUAUAUAUAUAUAUAUAUAUAUAUAUAUAUAUAUAUAUAUAUAUAUAUAUAUAUAUAUAUAUAUUUAAAGUAUACUGUGUAACAUAUUCGACUAAUGUGCAUGUACAAUAUACGUAUUAUGUAAUUCUUACCGGUUAACACGAAGAUAAUUGUAUUGUAGGAUAUACGUCUGAUACAAUAAAUUAACAAAUCACUUAA